AUGGUGGUUCCCAGUCCCAGGUACCUUCGCACUUGUCAUCAUGUCGGACGCGAAACCCAGCAGUGCGGAAGGCAUCCCCAAAUGGCAAAUCGCCCUCGCUGUAGGAGGGACGCUGGCUCUCGGCGCCGCAGGAGUCUGGUACUUUACCCGCAAGACGUCCAAGAAUGACGAGAGGAAGGAGCCAGACGGCGGGCCCGCUCCAGAGGAGCAGGCGGACGAGCCCAUCCCUGAGCCCGAGGUUGAGUUGAGCCCACUGGAGAAGGCACAAGGAGCUAAGAACAAGGGCAACAAGUACUUCAAGGGUGGCAAGUUUGAGGAGGCCAUCAAAUGUUACAGUGAGGCUCUGGAAGUCUGCCCUGACACCAACAAAAAAGAGAUGUCCACCUUUUAUCAAAACAGAGCUGCUGCAUAUGAACAGCUGAAAUCUUUCAGAGAAGUGGUGGACGACUGUACCAAGGCUCUGGAACUGGACAACAAAUACAUCAAGGCGCUGUUCCGCAGAGCUAAAGCAUAUGAGAGGAUAGAUGAGAAAAAACAGUGUCUCGAAGACGUUACUGCAGUCUGCAUCCUGGAGGGGUUCCAGAACCAGCAGAGCAUGAUGAUGGCUGACCGCAUCCUCAAGGACAUGGGCUGGGAGAAGGCCAAGGAGAAGUACAAGAACCGGGAGCCUGUCCUACCAUCAACCCAUUUCAUCAAAGCGUACUUCAGUUCCUUCACUGAGGACAUCAUCUCCCAGCCACUGGACAAGAUGGCUAAUGAUGAAGACAAGGAUCAGGAAGGGGAGCUAGGGGAGGCAGAGGAGGCACCAGUCGGUGACUACCUGAAGGCCAAAAGGUACUUCCAAGAAGAGAACUAUGACAAGAUCAUUGGAGAAUGCAGUAAGGAGAUCGACAGCCAGGGGGAGUACCUGGCACAUGCGCUGCUGAUGAGAGCCACAUUCCACAUGUUGAUGGGUCAAGCUCCCCUGGCAAGGCCAGAUCUGGACAUGGUCAUCAAUAUGGACACUGCUGACAAGAAGCUGCGGUGUAAUGCACUGAUCAAACGGGGCAGCAUGUUGAUGCAGAGACAGCAGUCGGAGGAGGCGCUGCAGGAUUUCCAAACAGCUGUGGACCUGGACCAGGAGAACUCAGAUGUGUACCAUCAUAGGGGCCAGUUGAAUUUGCUGUUAGACCGGGUCCCAGAAGCCCUGCGAGACUUUGAGAAGUGUUGUAGCCUGAAGCCAGACUUUGCGCUGGCCACCGUGCAGUACAACUACACACAGUACCGAGCUGCCAUGCUGCAGCGCUCGGCCAUGCAGGUUCAGGACGCCAUGAAACAGUUUGAAGAAUCCAUCUCCAAGUUUCCUGACUGUGCAGAAGGAUAUGUUCUAUAUGCUCAGGCACUUGGUGACCAACAAAUGUUUGACAAGGCAGACGACAACUAUAAGAAGGCUAUAAGUUUAGAACCACAGAAUGCCACCACUUAUGUACACAGAGGGCUGCUACACUUACAGUGGAAGCAGGACAUUGAUGCAGGUCUGUCCCUGAUACAGAAGGCACUAGACAUAGAUGACAGGUGUGACUUUGCAUAUGAAACCAUGGGGACCAUUGAAGUUCAAAGGGGCAACCUGGAGAAAGCCAUUGAGCUGUUCAACAAGGCCAUCAGCAUAGCCAAGACAGAGAUGGAGAUCGCACAUCUGUACUCCCUGUGUGAUGCAGCAGUCGCACAGUCAGAGGUGGCCAAAAAAUAUGGCCUCCGGCCCCAGGCUAUGAUGUAACUUAAGAAGAUAGACAACUUUGAGUGAGGGAAGAAGCACAGAAGAAACAAACCUAUUAUAUAUUAUGGUUAAAUAUGGAAUAAAAAAUUGUGUAUUUGAGGGAACUAUUAUACAAUUAUUGACUUCUUCUCAGAGCCAAUUGAAAAAUGUGAACUUCUUAAAUUUCAAAAGAUAUACUUGUUCUGACCACACCAGAAAAGAGGAAUUGAUGCUUUGACAGAGAGGACAGGUACUAGAUUUCUUUCAUUUGAGUUUUUCUCUUUAGUUGUUCAGUUAACCAUUUGGAACAGAACAUUGCUUGUUGCACUUGGUCAAGAGACAGACCAUACAAAUCAGCUGCUGAGGAAUACAAUCCAGUAACUUCUGGUGUCACAUAGGGAUCUUCUCUUAGAGGCACUGACUUGUGUUUUCUGUACAAUGUGUUUUCUGUAAUAUAUUUGUCAAAGCGGAGUUUGAUAGAGCUAAGUGAUGUGAAUGAUAUUUUAUAUGAAGAGGAAAUAAUUGCUCUGCUGAGUUGAAUCAAGCAAUCAGUAAUUGAAUGCAGAAUCACGACCACCUUUUUUUGAAUAUACAAAUUUAGAUGAUGAACGUCAUGGUUGUGUAACAUUGUUAUUGAACCUUAAGGGAUAGGAUUAUGGGCAAGAAGCGUCAUUUUUGCUUCUGUUAAGACCUUUGCUACUGAGAGAUAAUCCAGCAUGAUCAUGCUUAGUAGGUUGUACCCUACAGUGAGAGAAAUUUGGUGAGAUUCCCUUUCUUUGAAGCUCAGAUACGCUGAUAUUGAGAAAUAAUGAAUGAGUCACAAAUGAUGGAUACAAUGUACCCUGAAGCUGAUGUUAAAUAUUACAAAAUGUAACUCCUGUCAUUCAGAACCAAUGAACCUUGGAUCCAGUGUUACCAGUCUGUCCCAACAUGCAUGUGAACUUGAUAAAGCAGGUUUUGAAAAAUAAUAAAUCUGCUUGUACAAGA